UGUAAAGCGUUUGACUGGUUUAUGGACGACGAUCGAAGAACUAAAUGAAAGUGUGAAAAGCACAGAUAAUGAUAUUUGUUUAUUUAGUAAUUUCCUGUCAUUGAACUAUAUUCUGAUCGAUACACUGUUCAUACCGAAUUGAAAUGGAAGACGAAAGAAUAACCAUUUCAUCCGAAUGGAGGGGAAGAUUAAASGACGUGAAAUAYAAAAAUUGGUUAAAAGUUGGUUAUGCACUACAUUUAGCAUGUGAGGGGAUACGGCCGUACGUCGAAAGAGAAGCAAAAUCRUUUCAUAACAUUUUGCUUGCCAAARGGUUUACUACAUGURCGUGCGUUUACACGUCAAGACGACGGCCUAGUCCACAUCACGACAUGGCAAACUGUGACUGGGCAAAGGAAUUGAAUCUACAUCACCGACGAAAUCCAACAUGGAGUAACAGCGACGGUAGGAAGUGGACCGAUGCCAAMGUUGGUUAUUGGGAAGUUGCUAAGGUUUUUAUGCCUUUUGGCUGUGCAAGUGGAAAAGUCAAUGCAAAUGAAACCGAUGCCACUGGGCUUCUUAACUUUCUGCAAUUUUGCAAGCAUUUCAAAACAAACACACAUUUAGUAGAAGAAACGAAAAAUACCCGUAACAAAUGGGCUCAUGAGGCUCAACAAAAGUUCUCYCAAGUGCAAACCGACGAUGCUUUUAAUGCAAUAAAAAAUCUUCUGCAAGACCCAGAGUUGAUUUCUGACCAAGAUGCUCAGGAGGCCCUUGGAAAAGUCAAUGAGAUCGAAAAUGCUGGAGAUUUAUUGGAUUUUGACGAUGUGGAAACCAAAGUUGUAUCUACUCUGAAAGAUUCUAUCGUAUCAGCGAAAGAAGAACUAAGUCUAGCGAUCAAAACAAUCCAAGAUCAAGAAGACUCUAACGCUCAUGAUAUCAAGGAGAAAAUUUCACACUUAACUGAACUUUUAAAGUUUUGUUUGAUGGCUGAUAGAGAACGGGAUAAUAAUCUUCAAAACUUGGAAACACAGUUCCAACAAAUGCUCCAAAGCAUUCAAGAGAUAUCAAACCUAAGAAGUCAAUCAGCAGCCCAGAGAUAUUUUGCAGCAUUUUCAAGAUUUUCUGCAGCUUUAGGUUGGAGCAUUAUAAUGUAUGCUAUCGCAUUGUAUCUUAUGCUUCCAAAAAUGGCAUCAAGAAGAGGUAUCAUUAUUAUAAUCUGGUUGAUGGCCUGUGUCACUCUUCUGGACGAAAGUGUCGAAGAUAUUGGGUGUCCUCGAGAGSCAAUGCAUGACCCUCUUAUGAUUGGCCAGCCAACCUUUUCUGAAAACCUCAACAGAGCGAAUACAAAGUUUGUUGGACGUGAAUGGCUCUUCAAAAAUUUGACAAACUUCUUCGAAAAGGAGAAACAAGAUUCACAUGGCAUUCUUCUCGUGGCUGCUCCAGGAUUUGGAAAAUCAGCUUUUAUUGCWAACCUUGUUUGUUCUAAGCUUUCAAGUUAUUCUUUACAGAAACAGAUCCUUGCCUAUCAUAUGUGYAUUCAUUCCCACAAGAAUACUCGAGAUCCUGCAAAAUUUGUACAAAAUAUUGCUGUGUUGACAUCCAAUAGAAUACCCGAGUAUAAGAAUAUGAUUAUCUCCGAURAAAAAGUGCAGAAAGCUCUCAAAGAUGAUUGCCAAAGUGACCCGACCAGUGGUUUUAACAAUGGAGUUCUGUACCCUCUUUCAGAUUUGAGCCUACGUUUUAUUAAGCCAAUGUACAUCGUCAUAGAUGCCCUGGAUGAAUGUGGUGAAUCUGAUGCAACUCAAGACACGGCRAUUCUAAGCAUWAUAGCUCAAAGCAUUAAGGCACUCCCCAAGUGGCUUAAAUUCGUCGCUACCUCAAGAAAUAUCCCAAGGAUUCGUCGCCAGYUAAUUAGUYUAAAGUCUAUUGAGCUUAAUCCUGAUAAUCCGGCAAACUUGCAUGAUAUCGAACGCUAUGUUGAUAGACGYAUAAAAARUCUCAAUAUUCAAGCCUUUCCGAUCUCAGCACUUGUGACGAAAAGUCAAGGAAAUUUUCUGUAUGUCAAACUCGUUUUGGACCAGUUAAAGACUGAACAUUUUGAAGCAGAGAACAUCUCAUUACCAGACUCCGUGAGCAGCAUUUAUCAUGAGUUUUUCAGAAGAAAUUAUGGUACGGAUCCAAGUGCUUUCCGCGCCCCACGGCGGAUGUUUGAAAUUCUCGCAGCAGCCUUGUCACCUUUAAAAGUUGAUGAUCUUUACAACGUUCUUCGUAUGGAGRAUAAGGAUUUUGAUCUCGAUUAUGAUUUUAUGCCGAUGCUUGAAGAUCUUUCUAUUUAUCUUCGWUAUUCACCGACAAAAUACAAUGUUGUARGCGUUUUCCAUAGUUCAUUGAUGGAAUGGUUGACAAAUAAGGCCAACAGAGGUGGRGCAUAUUAUGUUGACGAAAAGAAAGGGCAUCGACUACUGGCAGAAUAUUACCUUUCCAAAAUUGAGAGUGGUAAUUCUAGUGAGGUUAUUAUAACACCGCAAUUCAUACACCAAMUCGUUUCACAYAUAACCAAAGGAGGCCGCUUGAAAAAGCACGAAGAGAGGUUUCUGGAUCUUGAUCCAAAAAUCGUUAACACUCCAGACAAUUACACAAAUGCAACCCUUCUCCAUUUUGCUGCAGGAUCAGAGCACAMURAAAUUCUAGAUUUAGCUCUAAACUUUUUUGACGAUUCUCUUGAUUGYGCUGAUGUUAAUCWACGUACUCCAACAUUUUAUGCUGUCUUGUUUGGUCGACUCGAUAACCUACGCUUGCUUGCCRAGAAAGGAGCUUCUCUUCAUGGAAAAUCCAAAAGUUUCAAGGUUCGCAAUUUGAGAGAUGUUGAAGACUGUAAACGUCAAAUGUGUGGUUAUGAUCUGCUGCAUGUUGCAUCUCAAAAAGGGCACCAAGAYAUUGUUCAAUAUCUGCUGGAAAACAACGCCAACAUUUCAUCAUUGUCAGGAACGGAUGACAGCGCACUUCAGCUUGCCGCAGAAUAUGGUCAUAAUCGAACAAUAAGCACUCUGUUGAAGAAUGGCGCAGAACUUGACAAAUCGUGCCUUUAUUAUGCUGCUUCUCAAGGGCAUCUUGAAGUGGUACUGUUUCUUCUCGAUAAAGGAAUUGAAGACACUUGUUUAGAUUGYAGUUUAUAUCCAAGUAAUGACUUUUUACGCGAGAAAAUAUUGUUUCGUAGCUAUAUUCGCUUGUGCAAUACAGCUUUACACGCYGCUGCAAUCAACGAUUUUCCUAAAGUUAUUGRAGCRUUAUUAACCAAGAAAAACAACGCGAUCAACUGUACAAACUAUUAUGGAAAAGGACCACUUCACGAGGCUGUGUAUCACAACAAUUACCAUUCUGUCCAAACUUUCCUUAGGAAUGGUGCGAAUCCCUCRCAAAUAUGCAAAUUUACACCAGCACAAGGCGAUUCGAGCAGGUUUAUUGAGUUUUGUCCUUGUCGGUAUACACCACUUCAUAUAGCGGCAUAUCGUGGUCUUUCUGCUAUUACAUACCUCCUCUUACAAUUUAACGCUAGUCACAAUGCUACGAAUUGUGAUGGACUGCACCCUAUUCAUGUUGCUUCGUGCCGAGGUUAUGAGGGUGURGUGUCYGCCCUGGURGAAUAUGGAGUUGACAUCAAUAGCAAUAGCACAACUGGAAUGACCCCCAUUCAUUACGCAUGCAAGUGUCGAGCAUCCAAAAUCYUUUCGAAACUUUUUGCCCUUGGUGCGRAUGCCUUUGCAAAAUCAGAGGACGAAAAGACAGCAAUUGACUUUAUCUUUGAAGCKGCUGAGUACAAUGGAACUUUGCCUACUAGUAUUGACCAUUAUGCAGAUCAACCAAUCGAUCCAAUCGAUUUCAAAUCUGGAAUAAGAUUUUCACUUUUCGACAAAGGAGACGCAUUAAUCCCAUCUUUGAUCAAGUUUGUUAGAUCUCUUUCGAAUAGCUCGUUGAAUAUACCUGAACACGAAAUUGACUUCUUUUUCGGACUGGUCAGUAAAAAAAUUGCGCAACAUAAAAGUACAGCAGACUGGGUUAGAAAUUUAGUCGGAAGCUCUAGAGAUGCGGACUUUAAAAAGGUAAUCAGGCCGAUUUUGCCACCAUUCCAGGUAAUGGUCGAUAUGGUAGUACUUCAAACAAUGACAGUUGAUGAAAGAAAUAUUUUCACGACUUUCAUGAGUACAGCAUUGAUAAGUGUGACUUCAGCUACUCAAAACUGCUCUAGGCUGAUGUACAUGAUAGAGAAACUUUGGGUAUACAGCGUUGAUGCAUACUUAGACUGGGGGAACAAUGUGAACUGCGAAGAAAAUGGCCUCAGUCCAAUUCUCGUUUACCUGAGAMAAGGAGGACGCAACAUGGAUAAAGUUCUUGUAAAGUAUAAAGUGACAAUUGACAUAAAAUGUGGCGAGAACUUUGAAGACUCUGUUUUUCAUUUAGCUGCCUAUCACAAGUUACAUUAUCUACAGUACCUUUCGGUAUUUGACAAUUGCAACAAAUGGGAAAAGUACUUGAAAUCCAAGCAUGCCUUAUUUGAUUAUUUAUUUGACGAAUAUGGGAAGUCAACACAAAGCGCACAAGUCAGGAUAUCAAGACUAGGAGAUGGCCCAGUAACAAAGGCCAUCAAGUCUCACCUUCGAGGCUUCAARAUAAUCGAUGAGUGUUUAGAUGACGAGGGGUACACUGCUCUUCAGAGGGCAGCGCAGGGAAGUAAUGUUGCUGCAGUAAGGCAUUUUUUAAAUUGGGGAGCGAACGCAACUUUGGCAAGCCCAGAGGGGUUUGAUCUAUUGAACCUAACUAUAUGGUAUGCAAUCAAGUAUCGUCCUCGUCUUAACUUGCAUCAGCCCAGCCUUUUAACGGCUUUAGAAAUCGAAGUUGCAUCAAUGACUGCCAGUGUCAUUACAGAUUACAUAACAAAGGAUAAGCCUUUAAAUAUUGGCUGCAACCAAACAGUUACAAUGACAAUACUGCAUUUGGCAGCAACACGAGGGAUGUGGCGUUUCAUAGAAGAUCUYUUCAGAUACARAMAKCAAUCAAAAGUAGUGGGAUUAGAUGCUAAUUGCACUACAAAACACGGAGUUACACCAUUGUAUUUAGCAAAAAUUUAUGGCGGAGAUGAAUGUCACUGGGAAAACCCAUGGUGUAAGGUUASUUCUGUACUCUCAAAGUACGAAGGAAAAGAAAUAACUCCCCCAGCAAUUACAGAGUACUUUAUYAUCGUUAACAGUUUAUUCCACGGAGUCCCCGACAUAUUUACUGACCAUGGUUUCGGUUUGGAAUCUCUACGUACACUUGAAGAGUCGUGUGGUCAGGAUGAGUGUUUGUUAACACAUGACGAUUCACACUUAAUUCAUGAAAUCCACCAUGGUUUGGCUGGUAUUGAAACGGAAUCYUGUAACUGCGAAAAUGAUAAUUGGUUACAAGACAUUGCUAAUGCUUUAGCUUCAAAGGAAUCUAAACUUCGAUUCUCCAGAACAAAUCUACUACAUUUUACGACAGAAUCUAUAGACACAAUAAGAGUGUUAGUCAAACUGUUGCUUUCGGGAAAGGAGCAUGAAGAUUCACGAUAUGCAACAUGCGAGCCAGUAAGAAAUAAGCGCAAGCACAAAAAGGCAACUACAAUGAGUAAUAUUGAUAUGUGCUCGAAAGAAACAGCAUUGCAACUCAGUGAUAUUGCAAAACUUUCAAAAACGAAAUACAAGAUCUACACCGAUGAUUACGAGGCCGUAAAGAAAGAAGCUACGUUUGUUAAGGAGGCAAUUGAUAAAGAAAACCAUAACUCGCAAAGAUACAAGGAUUUAAACAAAGAGAGUUACAUCUUUAGUCGAAAUCAUMUUUGCCAAUGGCAGGCACUAACAUUCAAAUAUGUACAGCUUCGGCUUUUAAUCCACGUUUUGUUUUCAUGGAACAAGCAAGUUAUGCGUCAUGGAAAAUACCCAAAUAUUCCAAAGUUUGUGUUAUAUCGCAUAAAACGUAUUCUUUUUACCAAAAGUCGUAAGGAACUUGUCCAAUUCGUAAUUGCACUUUCCAAACAUGAUUUAUUCAAGCAGUAUGAAUAUCUUCAGUGGAUUAAAUUUAAAAAACCACCACUAUUUGACAGUUUAUUCAAUGACAAAAAUAAUUAAUUGUAAUUUAUAUUUUCUUUUUUUCGCGAAAAGUGAAAUAGCAUGGAAGUAGGAAGCAAACAGUUGUCUAAAUGAAUAGUAGUGAUUCAUUUGCAUAGAGUACAAACAUUAAAUGUGUACAAUAGAGUGCUUGCACUUAAAGUGCAAGUCACAUAAGCAUGAAACAAUUCUUAACUAUGUUGUGCUAAAUAAAGAUUUAGUUAUCAACUAAGAAUUGA